GAAGAUUCUGAUUCGAUUCGACAACGAGGACAACUAUCUCAAGAGAGAACCUGAAGCCGUCCACUCAAUAAUAUAGAAACAUGUCCCAAGGUGACAAGCCUCCCGCUGCUCUGGCCCAUGCAUCUCGUGUCUUGAAAAUUGUCCGUGGAGAAGGUGGCCCUCGUCCUGUGUGUAGCCAAUGUCGCAUCCAGGAAUCUGAUAUAAUAGUAGAAGGCAAAAAGAUGCUGCGAUGUUCACGGUGCAAGGUGGCCCACUACUGCGGUGGAGUUUGUCAAAAGAAGCAUUUUCCCUUUCACAAGCACUCCUGUCGAGACAUUGCCGAGCAACUAGUAGAGCCUGGCAGCAGCUGCAUUGCGUUGGGUGAAUCGUUGGUCAAAAUGGGAUACAGAGAGACAGAUACCAUUGACAAUGGAGCUGUCUACUAUAGAGCCGCUUUGAGUUCCUUUUUGGAUGUUUUUCGCGGCGAGAAGCAGGACACAAGCAACAAUAAUCAGACUUUGGAGGUAAAAGACAAAGUACUGGCCUUGCUUGUUAUUCUGGGGGGAGACACCGAGACCAUGCUGGAAUGGCUGGGCUGUAUCCACAGCAAUGGCAAGAGUGGUCAUGACAACCAAUCCACAUCCAAAGGGAAAGAACAGCCAAAACACGACUUUGCAGCGGAGGAUGAUGCGACGUUUCAAAUUCUGAGUCUCUUGGUCAACAUGAGACAUGUGGCCCGAAGGGAACAACAACAAAGUACAGAACCAGAACAGACGGCGAUGGAACAUACAACGGAAAAAGAACGUAUCCAAGAGACAAUCAGCAUCCUAAAGAGACAGGGCAAUAUUCAAUACUUGAUACAUUUGCGAGACAGUAUUCCCUUUGGACCCCUGCACGCUCCCGACUUGUUUCAGCAGCAGCAGCAGACCAACAAGGAACCGUGUCCGCCCGAGUUCUGGAUGUUGCUUCAGGACUGCUUCUUUUUGACACCUGGACUCAACAGCGUCCUCCAUGAAUUCGUCUCGGAAGAAGAGUAUCCAGCCAUCACAGUGGACUGACUGACUACGGUAGCUAGCUGAAUGUAGCUACAGUAUAUAACGGUAGUAGAGCCAGGCUAAUUAAUUGUAACAUUUCAAUUUCGCUU